UCCUCUUUGUAUCUCUCAGACUCUUCCUGCUUUCCAGCCCCUGUUUCUCUCUCUCAGUAUAUCUCCCUUUCAAUCUUUCUCUCCCAAUCUCAAUUUCUCAUCUCUCCUCUCUUGUGCUCUCUCCCUCUGUCUUCUGUCUGUCUGUCUCUCUGUGUGUCCAAAAUAUAGAGCCCAAGACCUGCACGCCAAACAUGCUCUCUCCCUGUCAGCUGCAUCACCAGCCCUGGUGCACAGAUUGGGUAGUGGCUAGAAGAACAGUGAGAGAGGGCAGAAGGAAUCUGGCCUGAUUUUCUCCCUAGCACACCAAAGGUCAGAACAAGGAGGCGCGGAGGAGUCCAGGACCCCAGUCAAAUGCAUGAGGUUGGGAGGUGAAGGGUCCAGUCUUCCAGAAAACUGUGGAGUGGGUGAGAGCAAGGGCUGGAAGUGCAUGCUGAGAUCAAGUGCUCUAGGGGCUCUUUCUGGGGUGACCCCAGCAAGGGUGUGAUGCUCACGGGGGUCAUAAUCCCACACUGUUAGACCCGCAUGGAAUUGUUCACAGUUUGGGUGAGAGGAGGGCUUUGUGUGCCCUUUAGAUGUCCUUAUGGUGAUCACAUAUCACCUAGCCCAACCACUCAUUGUCUAGGGGAGGAAACUGGGGCAGAAAGAAGCGGGAAGCCUUCCUGGGGCCACAUGGCCAGACUGUGGCAGAGUGGAGACCAGAAGCCAAGCUAGAAGAUUUUCAUCAUCUCUAAAUCCCCUGGCUGGUUCCUAUUAGAAGCCUUCCCAGCCCUGCUUGCCCUGACUCCAGACCUCCUGACCCACUGCUGCUCAUCUUGCCCACAGGACCCCUGUGCAGCAUCCUCAUAAGACAGUUUGGCUGCCGAGUGACCAUGAUGCUGGGAGGCUUGCUGUCCAGCCUGGGCAUGGUAGCCAGCGCCUUCUCUGCCUCACUCAGCCAGUUCUUCUUCACUGCAGGAUUCAUCACGGGCCUGGGCAUGUGCUUCAGCUUCCAGUCAAGCAUCACGGUCCUGGGCUUGUAUUUUGUCCACCGUCGACCACUAGCCAAUGCACUGGCCUCCAUAGGAAUCUCUGUGGGCGUCACUCUCUGGCCACUGCUGGCCCGGUAUCUUCUGGAAACCCUGGGCUGGAGAGGUGCCUUCCUCAUCUUCGGCGGCAUUGUUCUCCACUGUUGUGUAUGUGGAGCCAUCCUGAGGCCUGUUGCCACCAGCGUGGUCCCUGAGCCCAAAGAAGAUGCCCCUCUACCGACCAAGACACCGACACGCAGCUGCCUGGCAACAUGUGUCUCAACCAUCCAGUACCACCUGGCCUUCGACAUCCUUCGGCACAAUAUGGGAUUCCGCAUCUAUAUAGUGGGCGUGGCCUGGAUGACGCUGGGUCUCUCAGUGCCGCACAUAUUCCUGGUGCCAUACGCUAUGCACCAUGGGAUGGAUGAGUAUUGGGCAGCCAUGCUCAUUUCGGUCAUCGGCUUCUGCAACAUCUUCUUACGGCCAGUGGCAGGGCUGCUGGCAGGCAGGAAGAGCUUGGCUGCCUACCGGAUGUAUCUGUUUGCCAUGGCGACCCUUGCCAAUGGGCUCACCAAUCUGUUAUGCACGGUGUCAGCGGACUUCUCGGUGCUCCUGAGCUAUUGCCUGGUGUACAGCCUGUCCAUGUGUGGUAUCGGGAUCCUCGUCUUCCAGGUCCUCAUGGACAUUGUCCCGAUGGAUCGGUUCCCCAAUGCCCUGGGCCUCAUGACUGUCCUCUCUGGUGUGUUUUCUCUCAUCUCUCCACCACUGGCCGGACUCUUGCUGGACACGACCAACAAUUUCAACUAUAUUUUCUAUGCAUCAAGCUUCUUGCUCAUCUCGGCCUCCCUCUUCAUGGGUGGGGGCUUCUAUGCCUCAGAUAAGAAGAAGCUGAAGCAAAAUGGGCAAGUCAAGGUGGAGGACCCCGUCUCGGAGAUUACCCCGAUGCAGCAGGGUCUUACCUCAGAAGACAAGGCCAGCAGCCAAGAAGCAACUGUGCCCUGAAAACAUGUAUGUGAGCAGUGCCUAAACUUAGAGGUCUCAUGUGACCUGACUCCAGGCUUGGAAGUCCCUGAGGGACUGUCCUUCCAGAAAGCAGAGUGUAGAAAUGGGGCCUUGUAAGGGAUGCUGUAGCCAGCCCCUAAGCAGGCGUGGCUACAGCAUCCCCUACAGGGCCUCCCUGGCCUUGGGUCCCAAGAGGGGUCUGAGCCCUGCUCGAAGCAGUCAUGGCUAGCUACCCUGGGAUGGCUGCUCACAGCUGCUCCUACAAACCAACACUCUGUGUCUUCCCACCCAACCUUCCUCCGUAGAUUUUCCUUCUUGGCCUCCAGACAAUUCUGAAGAACUCACCUUUCAGAGUCCAAGAACUUCCUGCUCUCUCUUCUCAAAUAAUCGGCCCUGACCCCUUAGAUCACGAGGGUUAAGGGUGCUGCUUCUGAAGUGGACCCUCACACUGACUGGAACCAUAGGAGAGGAAGAGCUGGAAGGCCAGGGUGAGAAGUCGUCGGCCUCAGUACAGGAUGGGGACAAAUAGGCUGUUGGGUGGAGUACAGGUCCUGACAACUAUGCAGAGAGCUGUCCUGGAGGCAUCCUCCUGCUUGGGUUUCAGAGUUUAUGAAGUCUGAGGAGUCUUCUACCAUCAAGCAGGGCCUGAGCCAGCAUCUUCUCUUGUACCCCACUUUGUAUCCACGUAAGGGAAGGCAGACAUCUGACCGGCCCGGACUGCAAGGCUGGCCAGGUAGCCUAAGGAACAUUGUGAAAACUGGACUUGUGUGUGUAAACGGUAGCCUGUGCUCUACUCUUGGCCUUAUGAGCGUCCCUUUCUUCAGGAUGUGUUCAAGGUAUCAACCCUGCGGCUGCAGUUGCUGCUAGCCUGAACCCAUGGCCUGGAGCUAUGCCCAUGGACACACUUCUGCCAGUGUGUCCUCUCAGGUCAUUACCCAGGGCUAGCUGUCAUCAGCCCAGGCUUGUCCCAGCAGGGCACUCCUGGGAAUGGGAAAACAGACUGUUUGAAUUAUAUACAAAAACAUUCCCUGAAGGGGGUCAUAAACUCUGGGCUAAUAAAGCAGGAAAAGAAACCUGAGUAAAUUUCCUCCGCUCUCCCAACUUGGCAGAAACUUCUUGGUCUUGUUUGUUGGUUCAGGCUCAACCAGGCUGCAGCAAGAAAACCUUAUCAGGAAAAAACGACUUUAUUUUCAUGACUGACGCCAGCCUUCCUCCUCCGCAGAGCCAUCUGGCAUGAAUAAGCGUCUUUAGGACUGUCCUGACUCCUCUAAGGCUAUCUUGAGUGCCCCCUCAUGGCCAAAGGCAGUACUGCAGGGGUGCCUUUGCUGAUCCCUGGGUCCCACAUGGUGGAAGGAGAGGUCCCACUACCACAAGUU